CUAGGAUAGAUUACUGUGCAGUUGAAGGAUACAUUGUCAAUCGGAGGCAGGGAGACGAAUUGGGAAGCUCCUACGUGGUCGUCAUGGAAACAGCGGUUUUUGCUCAAUUAGGAAUCUAGGAUCAGUUUUGACCACCACGGGCGCUUGAAGUUUUCUCAACUAGUUCCUUUCAUUUGCUUUCUGAAAUGGCACACUUGGAGCCCAUACCUGCGAAUGCAAUAGCCACCGCUGUCCUUGCUGUAGCUGGAAUUUGCGACGGAUCAAUUCAGGACCUCCAAUUCAGUCGCGUCAAUCCAUUGCCACCGCCACCCUUUAUUAAAAAAGAAAGCUUUCAAUACACUCCUAUCAUCGGGCCUGAGGCUCCUCCACGCCUUGAAUCAAAUCUUCCUCCUCCCGGCAGUCUUUCUGCGCGAUUAGUACUAGGCGAAAGAAUCGGUGCAGGUGCUGUUGGAACUGUAUUCGAGGCAGAGAUCGACUAUGAGAACUCUAAUCCUGAGUUGAGAGAUUCGUUGCCUCCUCUUGUUGUCAAAAUCUCUCUCCCGCUCAAGAGUAAGAGGCUCAACUGGGAAGCAGCCUGCUAUGAGGACAUGGAGCCUCUUUACGGGGUUGUUGUCCCACGAUAUUAUGGUUUCUUUCAGCUGGAGAUACCAGCUAACCUGGAUUUCAAGUACUGGCAUGGCGAAGAGGUUUAUAAUUCAUCGACAGAAGACGAAGAGUUUGACGAUGAUCCAACGCUCCCUCGUACAGUCUCACUUCUCAUUUUGGAACGCGUUAGAGGACCACUCCCCGUAGGUCGGCCGUUGCGCGACGUUGUUAGGGAGGAUUUGCUUGACAUGUACAGUGAUCUAUCCCGUUUGAGCAUUCUUCAUAAGGACGUUCGAUAUCCCAACAUCCUUCGCGCCCCCAAGACGGGAUUUCCGGGACUGCCUUCCCCGUAUACGGGACGAACUUACAGAGCCCAUCAAAGCUAUGUUGAUCAUAUGCUUCACAUGACUAUCAUUGCUUCAGACAGGUCUGAUGACGAACCCAAAUUGCUCAUGCACCAAUAUCGACUUGUACUUCCCGGACCCCGGUCGGCUUCACAUUCUCACCAAACUGUCCUUCGUAUCCUCAGGCGGAGCGAUUGUGUUCCCUCUAUGACUUGAUUUCUUCGGUUUCAGUAAUAAUAGGUACAAUUGAUAUUCACACGCUCUUCGACGCAGUUGAAGUCUUCACGUUUGAGGACGCAUCAUGGAUGUUCUUGUGAAUUUUCAGGUGCGUACAUUCGACACAUUUCUGCUGUCUGCCCGGUCUGCUGCUCGCUUACUCGUGAAGACGGUCUCACGUCUGUUCUCGUCCUGUAACUUUGAUAGUGAUUUCUAUUAGACGUUGUUGUAUGUCGUCGAUAGUCAUGGCUCCAUAUGAUGUCUUUACAUUACCGUUACUGUGCAUUCUGAAUCUCUUGAGACUAGUACCUGUCCGAUUAUUACAAGCCAUCGCCUGCAAAAGCCUACGCCCGGUCACGGACGUUAAUUAUUGGCUGUGUAUGGUAGUGAGGACCACCAAGUUAUGUUGAAGAAAGAACACCUUUCGUG